AUGGUGAAGUUCGGCUCUCCCUUGCUGGCCGCACUCACGGUGGCGGCUAGCUUCUAUGACACCGCCGUAGCAAAAGCAUGUGGCCCAUCACCGGCCGUUAAAUGCUGCGGAAUGCUCAGCGGAGCCGGGUUGGGAGACAAAGUCCUCUUGCCUAACCAAACCGAAUACACCACCCGGCUUGGUUCAUACUGGUCUGUGAGCGCCGCUUUGAGUCCAUGGUGCAUGGUGCUCCCAUCCACGGCCGAAGAUGUCUCCACAAUCAUCAAGACCCUAGUGUCGAGAAACUGUACGUUCGGCGUCAAAGGAGGCGGUCAUGGGUCCUUCGCUCUUUCAAACUCGGUUAAAGACGGGGUCACCAUCGACUUCGCCAACAUGAAUGGAACCACAUACGACCCACAAACCGAGAUUGCCUCCAUCCUGCCCGGCGGCCCAUGGCAAGAGGUGUACGAAACGCUGGCGCCGCACGGGGUUACAGUUACCGGUGGCCGAGCGGGGUCGGUGGGAGUUGGUGGCUUCUUGACUGGCGGCGGGAAUUCGUUCCAUGCAGCGUCCCACGGCAUGGCCUGCGACACGGUCGUCAACUUCGAGGUUGUCCUCGCAGACGGGUCCAUCGUCAACGCCAACGCCGAGCAGCACGCAGAUCUCUGGGUGGCACUGAAAGGGGGAUCCGGCAACUUGGGCCUCGUGACCCGAUUCGACUUGCGCGUCAUCAAGUUUCCCGAUGCCACAAAGCCGGAUAUCUGGGGGAAAUUCAUCGCAUUCGAUCCCGCAGACGGCGACAGCGUCAUCGACGCCAUGGUCAACUUCACCGAGAAUGCCCACCUCGACCAAAACACCUCCUCCAUCAUGUUCUUCGGCCACGUCCCCGCAGCCGGAGGCAUGGUCCUCCAGCUCGGCCUCGAGAACACCAAGGGCAUCGCCGACCCUCCCGCCGCGGCCGGCUACCUCACUGCCGGCAAGAUCCUCUCCACCACCUCCUCCAUCGUCCCCAUGCCCGACCUCGUCCGAUCCGAAAACCCAGGCCCAACCAGCCGGCGUUCCGAACCCUUCGCUCUCGACGAAUACGGGUGUGUCCAUCGCCCAAGAAAGCUUUGGAGGGUCACGCACGGCAACUCCCAAUCUCGAGAGGACAAUGGGGAUCUCCUCGCAGCAGACGACUCGCGCGUGUUCCAUGAUGAGGCCGAACUUAAGGAAGCAGUCCAGGACCAUAUCAACUGGUAUAGCUCCCAACCAAGCUGUUUCCUGUCGGUCUUCAACGACGAGAACCACGCAGUGAACUGGGCCGCACAACGCGAGCGGAGAGACCCCCCAGCCUACAUCCAUGAGAUCGACACGGCACGGUUGUCGAUCGGCGUCGAGAUUCUGGAUAUGGAGUUGCUGAUGGACAAGUUGGAGAUCGAGAACCCGCACUCGGCCCAUGAGCUGCUGUUCCUCCACUGCAUCCCAUCCCAGUGCAUUGGUUCGGAGUACGGUUAUGAAUGGAGAAUUUACGAUGAUGGCGUUUAUGAUACCGAUGAGUCGGCUGAAGAACAGAAUCGAAACGACGAUCUACUCAAGAUGAUCGAAGGCCUGUGGGACUAA